AUGAGUUCCAAGAAAGAUUCCACCUUAGAACAAUUAAACAGUACCUCUCCUUCUAGGAUAAGAAAUGCAUCUAUUGAAUCAUCGUCAUACAGUGGUAAUUUUCAUCCUGAAGAUGCUAAAAGUUAUCCAAUGUACAUUUGUAUCAACGAGUAUACAAAGAGAAUGGAAGAUGAGCUGGAUAUGAGACCUGGAGACAAGAUUCAAGUGCUUAUUGAUGAUGAAGAAUAUGAUGAUGGCUGGUACUUCGGCCGUAAUUUGAGAACUCAAGAGGAGGGGCUAUAUCCCGUUACAUUUACACAGAUCAUUAGUGUAGAGAAGAAACCAAGAUUAAUGCGAGCCAAAUCUGUGAAGAGAUUAUAUAGUCCUCACGAUGCUAAUGGUUCUUCAACGUUAUCUCUUGAUGAUUCUACCAGUGAACUUCCAACACCACAGCCAUUAGAAACAGCUGCAACUGUCUCAAUUCAAAAUGCCAAGCCCAUAGAUAGAGAAUUGUCAUUAAAAACAACUAUACAUGAUAUCGAUAAGGCACUAAAAGAUUUUCAAAACGACGACUCCUUCGAAAUACCUGAUACUUCACAAACAUCCAAUGGCUACGAUUCGCCAAGCUAUAACAAUGACACAAAUAUUUCUUCAACCGCCGAUCUAAAUGUAAAUGAGAUAACGAACAGAUUACAGGAGUCCAAAGGAUUGGGUAAAAGUAAUUUAGGGAAUGACACGUCAGAAAUUGGGGACGUUUUGGAUCCAGCGAAUGCAGAACAGUGGACGCCAGAGGAGGUAACUGCAUAUUUUAUCAAAUCGGGAUUCGAUGCUGAAUCCGCAUCAAAAUUUCAACAACAUAAAAUAUCAGGAAAGAUAUUAUUAGAACUCGAAUUAGCUCACUUAAGAGAAUUGGAUAUAAAUUCAUUCGGUACACGUUUCGAAAUCUUUAAAGAGAUUGAAAACAUAAAAGAGGCCAUUAAUACAGCUUACUUAAGCAAAGCAAAGGCAACAUCUAGACAUGCCAAUGAGUUAUCCAAAAGGUCCAGCCAAUUAAUGCCGCCUGCCAAAGUUGAUCUGCAAAACACCAACAAAGGUACAUCAUCGACAAAUGCAGGAAGAUCAUUAGAUCCAUUACAGGAGAAUACCGAUCAAUAUGCCGGCGCAUCGAAACAUAGACCUGCAUCUUUAAUGAUGAAUGGUUCGAGCCAAAGAAUACAGAAGGAUUUACUCUCUGCUCCAAACAUGGUAGAAAAUAUUGUUAAAGAUGAAAGCAUAUUUACAUCUCCAAGGAGGGCUCCUAAACCACCAUCUUACCCAAGCCCAGUCCAACCUCAAAGUUCUCCAAUGAUUGGUGGAAAAUCGCAUGUGGCUUCACCACCAGAAUCUCGUAACUUUUCUCCUUCAACUGCCUUCAGAAGCACAUCGACAAGGGAGGAUAUGACACCAAAUGACAAAUCAAAUGAUGUCUCUCGUUUCAACAAUACAGUUACGGUUCCACAGAUUCUUACUACAUCUUCUUCUACUACAACAAAUUCAUCAUCCAGAAAUGAUUCAAGUUCCAGAUUGAAUCAAAGUACUAACAGAACAUCAGUUCUUUUUACGGGACAGAAUAGAAACAGCAAUGGAAUAUCUUACACAGAAACGAGUAAACGAACAUCCAUGUUACCUCGGAUCAAUACUCAUCCAGAUACUGACAAAAGUGCAUAUAUAGAAGAAGAAGAUUUUGAUGACGCUGGAACUAUCGAAAGAGCCACCUCUAGUAUAUACGGUGAAAGCAUAAAAGAGGAUCCUGAACGCCCUUCGAAUGAUAAUAGAAGAAGUUCAGCAUAUUUCUCAGCGAAGAAUGACGAAGAACUUGUCUCUCCCUCAAGUGCUUCUAAGAAAAAGAAAAAGAAAAAUAGAGCAUCCUUUAUCACAAGUCCAUUUAGACAUCAAUUUACAGAAAAUGCCACACGAACAACGCCAAAAGAUGAAGAGAAGGAAAAAAAAGGAAAUGGAUCAAAUUCCUUGACUCCAACUCCAAAAGGGAAUGUUUCGCCAGGUAAGAAGAGUAUUUCAACAAAUGAAUUGAAUAGAAGAUCCGUAAGCGCAAAGGAUACUAAGCCCAAUGAAUUUUCUAGCACAGUUUACUUGGGAGAUGAGAAACAGCAAAGGUCAGUAAGUGAAGCUGUGAAGGGCAAGAAACUACAGCAGCAAACAAUGAGGACUAGGACAGUAUCUAAAAAACAGCAGACAUCAGCCUUCCAAGAGGGUAUAAGGACAAUUUCAGUUAAGGAGGCCCAGAAAGAUGCUGACUUUUCAGGUUGGAUGAACAAAAAAGGUAGUGGUACAAUGAGCGGAUGGAAAAGAAGGUAUUUUGUUCUACAUGGAACGAGAUUGUCAUACUUUUCAAAUAUGAAUGACACAAGAGAAAGAGGGUUGAUCGAUAUAACUGCCCAUCGUGUAGUUCCAGCUAGGGAAGAUGACACUAUUGUAUCAUUAUUUGCAGCCACAACAGGGAAAGGAAGGUAUUGUUUCAAAUUAAUCCCGCCCCAGCCAGGGUCGAAGAAGGGAUUGACAUUUACUCAACCUCGUGUACAUUACUUUGCAGUGGAUAGCAAAGAGGAAAUGAGAGCAUGGAUGGCUAGAUUAAUUAAGACCACCAUCGACAUUGAUACAAACGAACCAGUGAUUAGUACUUGUGCAACCCCAACUGUAUCUUUGGUGAGAGCACAGGAAAUGUUGGCCGAAGCUCGUGAGGAGACAAGAGCAAGGGAGCAACAAAUGAUGCUAAAUGAGGAGGAUGAAGAUCAAAUGUUGUGGGAACAACAACAGAAAAGCCAACAUAGUAAAACUGAUAGCAACAAAGAUGAUCGUAGUAAUGUUCAUGACGAUAUGGCAACCAACGAUACGCAACGCGCCUCUGAUGAUGAUGGAGCACUUUCUACCCCUAAUUUAUCGUCAUACACCGGAACAACUGCCACAUCUAAUGGGUUUGCUAGUCCUUAUUUAUUAGCAUCAGGUGUGUUAUCUCCAAAGGUUGGAAGAAGUAAUAGUACUCGUGUAACUAAAGACCAUAAGAAAGAAGAAUUCAUACAUGGCGAGAGGCUAUAG